AGCCGGCGCUGGGGUCUGGGGGCGCAGCUCGGCGGCGCGGGGCUGGCGCGGCUCGAGCCGCCGCCGCACUGCCAGCGCCGCGUGCGGACCAUGGAGACCCGCGCCGCUCCACACCCGCCGCGCCUCUGGGGCUGUCUGACGCCGCUCUGGCUCGUGCUGCUUUUGGGGCUUUGGCGGUCUGGGACCGCCGAGGAAGUUGUCCUCCUGGAUUCCAAAGCAUCCCAGGCUGAGCUGGGCUGGACUGCAUUGCCGAGUAAUGGGUGGGAGGAGAUAAGCGGUGUGGACGAACACGACCGGCCCAUCCGCACAUACCAAGUAUGCAACGUGCUGGAGCCCAGCCAAGACAAUUGGCUACAGACAGGCUGGAUCAGCCGCGGCCGCGGGCAACGCAUCUUCGUGGAGCUGCAGUUCACACUGCGCGACUGUAGCAGCAUCCCUGGCGCCGCGGGCACCUGCAAGGAGACCUUCAACGUCUACUAUGUGGAGACCGAGGCCGACCUGGGCCGCGGGCGUCCCCGCCUGGGUGGCAGCCGACCCCGCAAAAUCGACACGAUCGCGGCGGACGAGAGCUUCACGCAGGGCGACCUGGGCGAGCGCAAGAUGAAGCUGAACACCGAGGUGCGAGAGAUUGGCCCGCUCAGUCGUCGGGGUUUUCACCUGGCUUUCCAGGAUGUGGGCGCAUGCGUGGCGCUGGUCUCCGUGCGCGUCUACUAUAAGCAGUGCCGCGCCACGGUGCGGGGCCUGGCAGCGUUUCCGGCCACCGCGGCCGAGAGCGCCUUCUCCACGCUGGUGGAAGUGACCGGAACGUGCGUGGCGCACUCGGAAGGGGAGCCGGGCAGCCCCCCGCGCAUGCAUUGCGGCGCCGACGGCGAGUGGCUGGUGCCCGUAGGCCGCUGCAGCUGCAGCGCGGGAUUCCAGGAGCGAGGCGACAUCUGUGAAGCCUGUCCCCCAGGGUUUUACAAGGUGUCCCCACGGCGGCCUCUCUGCUCGCCCUGCCCUGAGCACAGCCGGGCUCCGGAGAAGGCCUCCACCUACUGCGUGUGCCAGGACAGCUAUGCACGCUCGCCCACCGACCCACCCUCGGCCUCGUGCACACGGCCGCCGUCGGCGCCGAGGGACCUGCAGUACAGCCUGAGCCGCUCGCCGCUGGCGCUGCGGCUGCGGUGGCUGCCGCCGGCCGACUCGGGUGGCCGCUCGGACGUCACGUACUCGUUGCUGUGCCUGCGCUGCGGCCGCGACGGCCCAGCGGGCGCGUGCGAGCCCUGCGGCCCGCGCGUGGCCUUCGUGCCGCGCCAGGCGGGACUGCGGGAGCGCGCCGCCACGCUGCUGCACCUGCGGCCCGGCGCGCGCUACACCGUGCGCGUGGCCGCGCUCAACGGCGUCUCGGGCCCGGCGGCCGCCGCGGGAGCCACCUAUGCGCAGGUCACCGUCUCCACCGGGCCAGGGGCGCCCUGGGAGGAAGAUGAGAUCCGCAGGGACCGCGUGGAGCCCCAGAGCGUGUCACUGUCCUGGCGGGAGCCUAUACCCGCAGGCGGCCCUGGGGCCAACAACACGGAGUAUGAGAUCCGCUACUACGAGAAGGGUCAGAGUGAGCAGGCGUACUCCACGGUGAAGACAGGGGCGCCCGCGGUCACCGUCACCAACCUGAAGCCGGCUACUCGCUACGUCUUUCAGAUCCGGGCAGCUUCUCCAGGGCCUUCCUGGGAGGCUCAGAGCUUCAACCCCAGCAUCGAAGUGCAGACCCCUGGGGAAGUUGCAUCAGAGCCCAGGGACCAGAGCCCUGCAGUUGUUGUCACUGUGGUGACCAUCUCAGCCCUGCUUGUGCUGGGCUCCGUGAUGAGCGUGCUGGCCAUCUGGAGGAGGCCCUGCAACUACGGGAAAGGCGGUGCGGACGCCCACGAUGAGGAGGAACUGUACUUCCACUUCAAAGUCCCCACGCGCCGCACGUUCCUGGAUCCCCAGAGCUGCGGGGACCCGCUGCAGGCUGUGCAUCUGUUUGCCAAGGAGCUGGAUGCGAAAAGUGUCACGUUGGAGCGGAGUCUGGGAACAGGGCGCUUCGGGGAGCUGUGCUGCGGCUGCCUGCAGCUGCCUGGCCGCCAGGCACUGCCCGUGGCCGUGCACAUGCUCAGGGAAGGGUGCCCAGACUCGCAGAGGCUCAGCUUCCUGGCCGAGGCCCUCACGCUGGGCCAGUUUGACCACAGCCACAUCGUGCGGCUCGAGGGCGUCGUCACCCGGGGAAGCCCUUUGAUGAUUGUCACCGAGUACAUGAGCCAUGGGGCCCUGGAUGACUUCCUGAGGCAGCACGAGGGGCAGCUGGCGGCUGGGCAGCUGCUGGGGUUUCUGCCCGGGCUGGCGUCUGCCAUGAAGUACCUGUCGGAGAUGGGCUACGUUCACCGGGGCCUGGCGGCCCGCCGUGUGCUGGUCAGCCCAGGCCUCGUGUGUAAGAUCUCCGGCUUUGGGAGGGGGCCCCGGGACCGAGCCGAGGCUGUGUACACCACCAUGAGUGGCCGGAGCCCGGCUCUCUGGGCCGCCCCCGAGACGCUCCAGUUUGGCCACUUCAGCUCUGCCAGCGAUGUGUGGAGCUUUGGGGUCGUCAUGUGGGAGGUGAUGGCCUUCGGGGAGCGGCCCUACUGGGACAUGUCUGGGCAAGACGUGAUCAAGGCCGUGGAGGAUGGUUUCCGGCUGCCACCCCCCAGGAACUGCCCCUCGGCACUGCACCGCCUGAUGCUCGACUGCUGGCAGAAGGACCCUGGUGAGCGGCCCAGGUUCUCCCAGAUCCACAGCCUCCUGAGCAGGAUGGGGCAGGACCCAGAGCCCCCGAAGAGUGCCGUGGUCCCCUGCCCCAGGCCUCCCACGCCCCUGGCCGACCGUGCCUUCUCCACCUUCCCCUCCUUCUGCUCCGUGGGUGCGUGGCUGGAGGCCCUGGAUUUGUGUCGCUACAAGGACAGCUUUGCAGCUGCUGGUUAUGGGACCCUGGAGGCCGUGGCCGAGAUGACUGCGCAGGACCUGACCAGCCUGGGCAUCUCUUCGGCAGAACAUAGAGAGGCCCUCCUCAGCGGAAUUGGGGCCCUGCGGGCGCGAGUCCUACAGCUACAGGGCCAGGGGGUGCAGGUGUGAGGACUCUGGUGCUGUACCCUGCCAGGGUGGGAGGGAGCACCCUCCUCUUGGAUCCAGGGCUGGUCUGGAGUCACAGCAUCGUCCAUUUCACUGCCUUCUCUCAUUUCCGCUUGGGAUGUCCUGACUGACCUAGUACUCCUGGCAGAGAGGUUCAGCUCUCUGGGGAGGUAAGAUGGGAUGGGGCCAGGAUGCAGGGGAGGUGGCAGAGAUCAAGCUGCCGUGCCUUGUACCUGCCCCUUCUGUCUUUCACACUUGCUGGGGUCCAGGACCUGCUCCAGUGUGGGGCCCCUUUUUCUACCCACACAAUAGCCAGUCUGACAGCACAGGCCACCAAGGCAGCCCAGGGAGAGACGCCUGGCCAGAAGAGAUAAUGUCCUUAGCUCCCUGGGACUUGGCUGGGACCUGUCUGCACAGGCAAGGCUGGCACUGAGCUCUGGGGCUGCAUGCCAAGGGUUGGGGACCCAGGAGCCAACUGCUUCCCUGUCUUUGGGCUGACAGUUCAGGGUGAGGGCCAGGGGCCUGUCCAGGCCGUGCAAUGUCCUGGUGCUUCCCUCAGGCCUCACAAGGACCCCUCCCUCCAUUUGCAUUCCUUUUGUUAACUCAGUGGCUGGGGCAUGGCUGGCAGCUUCCUGGUGUUCCCCCAGAGCUCUGCUGUCUAGCCUGGGAGUGGACAGAGAAUCUCAGAGAUGGGCCUCUGUCUCUCACAGGCUUAAUUAAUUUCCAUUGUACAGAUGGAAAAACUGAGGCCCCGAGCUGGCCAGAGCUGGGGUCAGAACCCAGAUUGGGGAUGAGGAUGGCUCUGGGCAGAGUAGCAGGCAUG